AAAUGCAUCCAAGUGUUAAAUAGUAAGAACAUAUGUGUCGAGGGACAUCCAACACUUGGACUGAAUUUUAGUGACUUCUUAAAAACAACAUUCACUUUCACAAUAAAAGUUAUUUAGAGUCAGCGGCUAAAAUGUGAUUAAUAAAAGCAACAACAUCCGAAGCAACAUAUUCACGUGGAAUUAGUCCGACCAUCUACGCACAUACCGAACUGAGAAAACAUCUUGGCCACACUGUCGCAUCAGUUGCCGUCAGGCUCUUAGCUUAGUCACUUCUCUCAAAACAUAAAAAACCUUCUUCAACGACAUGAAGGUGUAUGACACUCUGCGAACUUGACGCCUUCUCUGCACAGCUGGUCUUCAGUUUCAAGCUCCUCAGUCGAAAAUACCAAGCAAUCUGCCAUCCAGGGCCCAAGAUUGCUGAAAAACCAUGAAGAGCUUGUUCAGUGACUUGUUUGGUGCGAUAGUUAUUGCACUAUUUGGUUUGGGUUGGUUCGGAUCUUCUAUGGGCGUUCCUCAUCCGGUUACGACUACACCACCUUCAGACACAACCAUUGUCCCAUUGCUAUUGGAGGGUUCAGAUCUACCUACAGUGGAUUUAUCAGGUCGAUCCAAAGCUUGUGAUAUCGUUAUUGGGAUCGAUGAGACGUUGUGGGAGAAGAAUGAUCGCAAUUUAAGUGCAUUGGUCGAUCUCCUGCAAGAUCAUGUGGAUUUUGCCAACCGAGUCUUCACCUCACAAGUGAUGACAGAGGAAGCCGGAUUUGAGGAUAUCUAUUUUCGCUUGAGUCGGGUUCAGAUCAUUUUUGGCUCUUGUGCCGGGUUUGAGGAUCGCAAUUGCACGAAUCACCGGGAUGAAUAUCUGCAAAAAUUCGGCAAUAGCUACUACUUUCACGACGCCUGUUUGGGCUACGUCUUCACUUAUUUGGAUUUCCACAAUGGGACUGCGGGUUUGGCUUACAAAGGUACGGCUUGCUACCCGUUCCCCGCUACCAAUGUUAAAAGUCAGAAUGUGGGGUUCAUUACGCUGUUGAAUUAUGGCCAAGAUCGGCCAUUGGAGGAUUCUCGGAUCACUUUUGCCCACGAAUUAGCGCACAAUUUUGGAGCCAAGCACGAUGACGAGGUGGACAACCCCGAAUGUGUCAAUCAAGGCUUCAUCAUGGCGGAAUCCGAUGUUAUCGAAGACAUCAAUGGUACUUCGGUCAAGGGUCCGGAUGAAAAUAAGGAGGUGUUCUCCUCUUGUUCACUAAAGGACAUGACCGAUAAAUUGAAGGAGAUUAAAGCUGAUAGAGAGUGCUAUAUCAAUGCACCGUAUGAGCCGGAUCACAAGCCCGUGAUCUCAAUCUGCGGCAAUGGCGUGGUGGACGAAGGCGAGCAAUGCGAUUGCGGUCACCACUACAACGAUUGCCAUGAUGCGUGCUGUUAUCCUGCUAUUAUCAGUCCGCCGGAUCGCUAUGCCAAUGCCAGUGCUGUGCCGUGCUCGACAAACGAGAAGCGUUCGUGUCUGCAUCCGGUGGGAUUAGUAUUCGGUGUGUACGUGCCACUGGUUGUGAUAUUCUUGGCCACCAUCUUGGGCGGGGUUUUACUCUCGCGUGAUUGGCGAAAUAGUAAGCGGUGCUUCAAACAUAUAACACAUGGUCAUGUCCGAAUUGUCGGGUAACGUCGCAAAGUUACGAGUCAAAGAAGGAGUCCAAACCCAUUCAUAAUGCUAUUUUAUAUGAUCAAAAAAUAUUGACGGCAACGAAUUACGGAUACGAAGAGCAUUGAGAACAUUUAACUAUACUUGAGUAUUAGCCUAGAAGUCUUUAAGCCUCAGUUAACAAAUAUGACGUGAUACCUCUGUGAUUACUCAACGAAAUAAGUCUGUAUCUGUAUUGGCAUUUGAGAAUAUCCAACUUUUCCUUUUAGUCAAUAAAUCUAAUAUUCAUUUGA